CCGAGAAGGGGGUGGGGGUCACGUGGGGCGCGGGGAGCGAGUCUCUGGGUCCAGGGCUCCCCUCGGCAGCGGACUCCAGGGAUCACUAUCUCUUGCCCAUCUCGCCUGCAGCAUGAUUUCCGUCUAGCGCUUUGCCACCAAGGGAGCCUUCGCCUGGUACGACUUUCCUGGGCCCCUGUAUGGCGGGCUCUCAAGACCUGACUGCCACACAGCGCCGUACUCCUUCCUAACUCGACACGUGCCUGGGCUGAGGGAUCACCUCCCCCUGCUGCACGUAGGUGCCUCUGGACGCGCCAGGCUGGGGCUACCUCCGAGCGCCCCGUGGGGGCCAUGGAUGGCGAGACAGCAGGGGAGAAGGGGAGUCUUGUGCCCCCGCCAGGUGCGCUCGGUGGGUCCGCCUUGGGCGGUGCUCCGGCCUCAGGUGUGCGACGGGAACCCAAGAAGUACGCGGUGACUGAUGACUACCAGUUGUCCAAGCAAGUGCUGGGUCUGGGUGUGAACGGCAAGGUACUAGAGUGUUUCCAUCGGCGCUCUGGGCAGAAGUGUGCCUUGAAGCUCCUGUAUGACAGCCCCAAGGCCCGGCAGGAGGUGGACCACCACUGGCAGGCCUCAGGUGGCCCUCACAUUGUGCGCAUCCUGGACGUGUAUGAGAACAUGCAUCAUGGCAAGCGCUGCCUCCUCAUCGUCAUGGAAUGCAUGGAGGGUGGUGAGCUGUUCAGCAGGAUUCAGGAGCGCGGUGACCAGGCUUUCACUGAGAGAGAGGCUGCCGAGAUAAUGCGGGACAUUGGUACAGCCAUCCAGUUCUUGCACAGCCAAAACAUUGCCCACCGAGAUGUCAAGCCCGAAAACCUACUCUAUACAUCCAAGGAGAAGGAUGCUGUACUUAAACUCACCGAUUUUGGCUUUGCCAAGGAAACCACCCAAAAUGCUCUCCAGACACCCUGUUACACUCCCUAUUAUGUGGCUCCUGAGGUCCUGGGUCCAGAGAAGUAUGACAAGUCAUGUGAUAUGUGGUCCUUGGGUGUCAUCAUGUACAUCCUUUUGUGUGGCUUCCCACCCUUCUACUCCAACACUGGCCAGGCCAUCUCUCCAGGAAUGAAGAGAAGGAUUCGCUUGGGCCAGUAUGGCUUCCCUAAACCUGAGUGGUCAGAAGUCUCUGAGGAUGCCAAGCAGCUAAUCCGCCUGCUCCUGAAGACAGAUCCCACAGAGAGGUUGACUAUCAUGCAGUUUAUGAGCCAUCCUUGGAUCAAUCAAUCAAAGGUGGUCCCACAGACCCCACUCCACACAGCCCGAGUGCUACAAGAAGACAAAGACCACUGGGAUGAUGUCAAGGAAGAGAUGACCAGUGCCUUGGCCACUAUGCGGGUAGACUAUGACCAGGUGAAGAUCAAGGACCUGAAGACCUCCAACAACCGGCUCCUCAACAAGAGGAGGAAAAAGCAGGCGGGCAGCUCAGCCUCACAAGGAUGCAACAACCAGUAACUCAUGGCGCCUUGGAGGAGCCAGAUUGACAGACUGUAAUGUCCUGAGGCUCUGGCCAGGAGGGGCUGGAAGCAUUCUUAUAACAAAAGGAUAAUUUUGUUGUCUUAUGUGUCACAUUGAACUUAAGGAUAAAGAGCUUGGCCCAAGAGUCCCAGCCUAAGUCUCAGGCUCUAGAAAGCUGUGGGUGCUCAGGGAUGGGGAUGCCCCUGCUACAGUUGAAGCAACUUUGCAUGCUGUCUUGACUGAGGCCACAGCUCUGUUCUGCCAUAGGACAUAGCCUUACUUCUAGGCCACUGGGAGUUGUGGUGGAUCUACCCUUUUUCUAUAAAGGAUGUAUCCUGCUGUGUGGGCAGAUGGGUCUGGCCUUGAGGAAGGUAUUGGGCCAUCGGUUGCUAUGGUGACCAGAGGCCAUGUUGCUGUCUGAGAAUACUGAACAAAAGAGGGAGGAGGGACAAUCAAGGGUCUACCUUCUUGGGGAGGUUUGUCUCUCUCACACUGACUGUCCCUCUCCAGGCUCACUCCUCUUUGGUCUUCCAGAGGCUGCAGAGUCCUGCUUGCUUACUUUCCUGGGUGGUCCAGCCCUGCCUUACUGUAGCAUGAGCCCAUGUAACACUCAGAGAGCCACUAGAGUCCCUGGGGUCAAGCAUCCAGUCAUUCCCCCCUGAUCUAAAAGGUAACUUCUCAUCUUAGCUGAAGGUGUGGAUAUGCAUGUUGGGGGUGGGUAUCCUUAACCUUUUUCCAUUUUGGAAAAUGUCACUGUGACAAAAGCUCCCAACUCUUCCUGCUCACCAGAUCUCAGGUAGGAAAGCCCGUUCCUGCUGAUAGCACGGGCUACCUUUGGCUUUACUUUUGUGAAAGAAAGUGCUUGGCUCCCUGUUACCCAGGACCUUUUCCUGUACUCUGGAUCAGACCUGGGUGGUGAAGGGCUGCUGAGCCAUGCUUACAAGGUCUGAUCCUGGCUUUAGCCUGAGUCAGAGCAGAGAGGGUUUUCCUUGGCUGACUGCAGACUUAGCCAGCUCUGCCCUGUCCUGCCCAGGGUAGCAUCCAGGUGUUGAGUGGUUGAUUGGUGACCUGACAAGUGCCUGGCACCCAGCCUACUUCCUAGAUCCUCAAUCCCGGUCCUUCUCACUGGCUGGGAAACCUUAGAUCUUAUCAAUUACAACAAUGCUGCUGGGUUUUAUAUUCAGAUAUUAAUAAACACAUUUUUAACAUUUUUCAA